CGCUGGUGUUGUUGCGUUUCUCGUCGGUCUGAUUUGAGCGGCGCACUGCUAGAGACGCGCGUUCGGAUGAAUUCAUUUCGGCUUUUUAAAUGAAAUAUUAACCUUCGUUAAUGUGAUCAGUGUUAUUAAAGUCAUUAAUUUAAUCAUAUGUGAAUGUGCUGAGGAUGGAGAGCGAUAUACUUGACAUCCUGGAUCAGGUCGGGUAUGACGGGCCGCUGGCGGAGGAGGCGUGUCUGCGGGCGGCGUGUGGGCGGGGCUUCAGCUCAUCUGAAUAUGUCAGUCUGGUGAGGUGGCUCUCAUCCAGACUCACACUCAUCACUGAUGAACACUCACAGGAGCCGCUCAUCACAGAAGAUCCUGACAGAUGUGUGCUGGACACCGGCAGACUGCUGAAGGACUUGUGCUGUCCGUAUGAAGGACUGGCGUCACGAUUAGCAGACGGAGACGUGAAGGACAGCGAGGAGCAUCUGAAGAUCCUCUUGUUCUUGGCGUCGGAGCUUCAAGCUGCGGAGAUCAUGGCCAGGAAACCUGCGACUGAUGCGGACACAGAGGAGUUGGACACGUCUCUCCAGGAUCUCAGAGUUAUUUGUGAAACACUGGAGCUGCCAGAUCUAGCCGGACGAGACACCAGAGACACGUUUACUGCUGUUGAGCAGCAGGUGAAUGUUUUACUCAAGCAGCUUCCAGAAACGCAUGUCGAAGCUCCUGCGUUCAAGAGUUCCCUCCAUCCGGACCAAUGGAGAGAGCUGGAGAAGAUCAACGGCGUUCUGUCGGCGGAGUACGAGUGUCGGCGGCGUAUGCUGAUCAAACGCCUGGAUGUGACCAUACAGUCCUUCAGCUGGUCCGACAGAGCCAAGGUGAAAAUUGACAGGAUGGCCAGAGCGUAUCAGCCGAAGCGAUAUUCUCUGUCUCUGCGGUCCUCGGUGAGUGUGGCUCAUCUGCUCGCCGCGCGACAGGACGUCUGCUAUAUGGUGAAGACCAGCAGCGGCUCGUGCCGAGAGAAAACCAGCUGUGCAAUAAACAGAAUCCUGAUGGGACGGGUUCCUGACCGCGGCGGACGGCCAUCUGAGAUUGAAGCUCCUCUGCCGGAGAUGCCCGCGUGGCAGAAGAGAGCUGAUGGAGGAGGCCGAGGCAGAGGAGGAGUGGGAUACGGCGGGAAUCGGGGUGCGGGCGGCUGGCGCUCCGGAGGAGACGGAUGGAGAGCAGGCCGAUGGGGUAGAGGAGGCCGAGGAGGGCAGUACUAUCACUGACAGAGUCAUGGUGGACGGUUCGUGAGGAGACUGUCAUUUCAUUUUAAAUGAGCCUGUAGUAGUUUGUUUCAUUUAUCUUUUUAACUUCUACAAGACCAGCCUGAGAGAUCACGAAGGCAUCAUGCAUUGCUUCAAAAGCCUGCUGAAAUCAACAUAGAAUAAAGCAGUGAAAAACAUUGAAAUUUGACUUUUUGUUUGAUUUUGUAUAAAUUGAGACACAUCAGUGUUCUUGGCCAAGUGCUUUGCAUUGUGGUCCUGCUUGAUCGUGAGUUUUUGCUCUAACUGAAUCCGGUUCUCUUGAAGAAUUGCCUUUAUUUGUGAUGUUAACAGCCUUCUGUUUCAUAACACUGUGGCAUGAAGCAGGUUUAGUGGCUAAAUCAGACUGAGCUUAAAGUGAGCCGAUCCUGGAGUUUGUGUUUUGUGUUACUAAUCUGCAUGCAGUGUGGAAGAUUUUAUUUGU